ACAAACUUUUUCCCAGCAAUGGAUCCUUCCUCGGUGAAGUCCACAAGCUAGAAGAACUUGGCAACUCACAGUUCGAGGUUUCUUUAACCAUUUAAAGCCUCCCAUGGCUUUCUAAGAUCACACACACACACACUCCCUUUCUCUCUCUAAGAUCACACCAUCUCUCGACUCAAACAAAUUCAACAGCUCAUUACAGUUAGUAAAGUAAUUGAUUAAUUGAAAAAAAAAAAAAAAAAGCUUUAUUGAAUACCCGUUUCUUCUUGAUCCCCCCUGUAACACCCUGUAGCAUAUAUAGUAUAUAUACACUCGCUUCCUUACGUUUACCAAAUUCAUGAAACCAAGAUUGCACUUUCAGGAAAGCGCCAUUAGUGGUUGGUUUCCAUUUUCGGUGGCAAGACCAGAAAUGAUACCACAACCCAAGAAACUAGUGCUUCUUUUUCUCGUUGCCAUCUUGUUGCUGGAUUCUUGGUCCAUUGUGGAUUCAGAUCUGGCAUCAGAUAGAAUUGCCCUCCAAGCUCUGCGCAAGGCAGUGGGUGGUCGAUCUCUCCUUUGGAAUGUUUCCACCAAUCCUUGCUCAUGGGUUGGCGUCUUUUGUCAACGGGAUAGAGUUGUUGAAUUGCGGUUGCCUGCUAUGGGUCUCUCCGGACAGCUUCCUGUCGCGCUUGGCAACCUUACACAGCUGCAAAGUCUGUCUCUCCGCUUCAACGCACUUUCUGGUCCGGUCCCAGCUGAUAUAGCCAAUCUCGCUUCGCUACGCAAUCUUUACCUGCAAGGGAAUCUUUUUUCUGGGGAGAUUCCUGAAUUCUUGUUUAAUUUGCAGAAUUUGGUAAGGAUUGAUUUAGCUCACAAUAAUUUCUCCGGAGAAAUCUCUCCGAGCUUUAAUAAGUUGACGAGGCUGGGAACUCUGCAUCUGGAGAAUAAUCAGCUUACUGGUUCCAUUCCUGAGCUGAAUUUGCCGUCUCUUGAUCAAUUCAAUGUUUCUUUUAACAAGUUAACUGGGCCUAUUCCUCAGAGGCUAUCUGGCAAGCCUACAGCUGCAUUUGAAGGGAAUUCGCUUUGUGGAAAACCUUUGGCUCCCUGUAAUGGUACUUCAAAUGGGAAUGAUAAAUUGUCAGGUGGAGCAAUUGCUGGGAUUGUGAUUGGUUGUGUUCUUGGAUUUUUGUUAAUUGUAAUGAUUUUGAUAAUCUUGUAUCGAAGAAUGAGAACCAAACAAGGAGUUGCUAAAGAUACUCAGGAGCCAAAGCAGCGCGAAGUUCAAAUUCCCCGCGAAAAGGCAGUGGCUGACAGGGGUAAUGGAAGCCCGGAAAAUUCCGGAACAGGGGACUCGGAGUCGGAGAUAGCUAAAAAUGAAGCUAAGAAGGGCGAGACUAAAAAUUUGGUGUUCAUUGGGAACACACCAAGGACGUUUGAUUUGGAGGACUUGUUGAGAGCUUCUGCAGAAGUGCUUGGUAAAGGGACUUUUGGGACGACCUAUAAGGCCAGCCUAGAAAUGGGAGUGGCGGUGGCCGUGAAAAGAUUGAAGGAUGUGGCGGUAACAGAAAAGGAAUUCCGAGAGAAGAUUGAAUCUAUUGGGAAGAUAAAUCAUGAGAAUUUGGUUCCAUUAAGGGCUUAUUAUUACAACAAGGAGGAAAAGCUUCUUGUUUAUGAUUACAUGCCAAUGGGAAGCUUAUCUGCACUUUUACAUGGAAACAGGGGGGCUGGUAGGACUCCAUUGAAUUGGGACACAAGGUCUGGAAUUGCCCUUGGAGCUGCCAGAGGGAUUGCAUACCUACACUCUCAGGGCCCUGCAAUCUCUCAUGGAAACAUUAAAUCAUCAAAUAUCUUGCUUACAAGAUCCUUUGAAGCCCGUGUCUCCGACUUUGGCCUUGCCCAUCUGGCAGGACCUACCUCUACUCCCAACCGCGUUGAUGGCUAUCGUGCUCCAGAGGUGACAGAUGCACGCAAAAUAUCCCAAAAGGCAGAUGUUUACAGCUUUGGGAUACUGCUUUUGGAAUUACUCACAGGAAAGGCUCCCACUCAUUCCCCACUGAAUGAUGAGGGGGUAGACCUUCCGAGAUGGGUUCAGUCUGUGGUUAGAGAAGAGUGGACUUCAGAGGUGUUUGAUCUUGAGCUUCUCCGAUAUCAGAAUAUAGAGGAGGAUAUGGUCCAACUAUUGCAGCUAGCAAUCAAUUGCACUGCUCAGUAUCCUGAUACCCGUCCUUCAAUGGCAGAGGUCAGAAACCAAAUUGAGGAGCUUUGCCGUUCUAACUCACAAGACCGUGAGGAUGACAAGUCCUCCCACUCGGCUGAUUCAGGUGCCCCGCCACCUUAAUUCUUUAAAGGCUAAAGAAACACCAUUUGAUCUUUCCAUUUUUAAUUCACUUGUUAGUGUUUCAAUUGUUUGUUUAUUCUUGGGUUCAUCUUUAAGAACCGAGUGUGCAAUUUCAUUUUUCCCCCUUUAUUAUUGUCCAUUUUUCCAUCACCCUCUUUCAUAGCACAGAUUUACCUUUUUGCACAUGUAACUUUAACCUUUCACGUAUGUGAGGGGAGGAUUGCUACGUUAUUAUUUUUACUUGGCUGGUGUGAAAUGUGAAUAACUAGCAAGUUUUUAUAGCUGGUUAGAUGACGCUCUUAAUUUUGUGUUC